CUUUCAGGGGAUAUUUAACCCGCAAAAAUUAUAGAAGAUGGAAGAAUAGUAUUGGCUAUCAAGCUGAUGUGGAAUCAGUGGGCUUUGUUUCCAGCCUCAGAUAUGAAGGAAAUGGAGAGAAAAAUAGCAGUUUUCCUGAAAAACAGUGCUUUCUUGAAAAACAAACAAGCAAGAUUUUAGCUGAAACUUCAGCAUCCCUGGCCAUUCUGAGACAUUCAGACCAAGUGAAAGAUUUGCAACCUUUCUGCUACACCCGUUUAGCUGCAGAUCAUCAGCUCUCUUGUCCACAAAGACCACUGGAAAGUCAAGAAAACUGCUUAGAACAGAAGCAGAAACCAGCCCGUCGAAGAUGUCAGCAGCCCAAAGUGCUGAAUAGCCCUGAGGACAACAUAUAUUAUAACCAGUUAAAUGGAACUCUAGGAUAUCAAGGGAGCAAAAGGAAGCCAAGAAAACUUGGUCAAAUAAAAUUUCUGGAUUGGGAAGAUGAGUAUUACAAGUCAUUAUCAGUGGUAGAUUCUAUCACAGAAGAAGACAACACAUUUCAACCCCUUACUCCUUUUCAAAGCUGAACUUUUGCUCCCUAACUCAUCAGUGUGAGGCUGAUUUCCAUUGUCUGGAGAAUGAAAAAGGGUCUAUGAGGCUCUUUGGAGAAGGAAACCCAGCCCUAAACCUGAAGUAGCUGCCACUGCCUCUGCGGCUCCAUUCUUGUUGCUGUUCUUUUCUACCAGGAGACACGUCUGUCCCUCCAAGUUGCAGCUGUCACCUUAUCUUCGCUGAAGCCAUUUGAUGGAGGAUUAUUGGAGAACAUUUCCUGGACUCCCAGUGGCCAAAUAAGAAGGAAGAAGCUUACAUCUCCAUCCUGUUGCUUCCAUUUGGUGGCGUCCUAGGCCAGACAAUAAUGGUUCAAUAUGAUAAUCUUUCCUGGUGUUUAGCUGUCUGACCUCUACUUCUGUUUAAAGUCUGCAUGAUUCCACUUCUUAAUUUUGUUCUCUUAAGCUUUGCUGUGCCACUUUUCCUGCUCUUCUGUAAUGUUCAAAGUAAUGUGAUGUUUGGCUUGGUGGUCAUUAUAAGUUUUUCAAGAAGUGAUACAGAUGAAAUAACUGCAGUCCACUGUCCUUCUAAGCGCUUUGAAGGAAGUGAUUAUCAUUGCAAUAAAAAUAUGAUUUCAUUAGAGUGCAAAGCACCAAUUUUCCAUUACUGAUGAAAUAUAUAGCCAUUGGAAAAAAGCUUCUGCUGUCCAAUUUGCUUAGAUGCAAAAAUCGGACUAUUGAUUUUCUCAAUCUCAUUGAGAUUUCAGCUAAUCCUAUGGAGAUGUCCAAAUAAAGCUCUGUAUGACGCAAUUCUUAAUAAAUAAAUCAACAUAGGCAUAGCAUAUUAUUGUAUUCGCUGUCCAGUUAAUACCUUGCUAAUGUGGAUGGUUCACUACUGGGAAAUACAACAAUGGACAUUAACACUGAACCACCAUUUCAACAAUAAGAAAAAAGCUUCAUGCAACCUUUUAAAUAGGGAAGGCCUCUUCAAAUAGCCUUAUAUGCAGGAGUGAGUUAACAGAUUCAUGGAAUUCAAAAGGUGUGCAUUUAUUGAUGGCUCCAAAGGAAUCCUCUGUGGCUUGUAGCAAUGGUUGCAGCUACAUCUGAUUGCUCUGGAGCCUCCUUUCAUAAAUAGGGACUUCAGCGGGCAGGGUGCUGGACCAAAGCAAUUGUGUAAAUGUAGGGAAAGAGCACUCCCCACCACUGCGCCUCGCCAAUAAGUGCCCUUGUAAACUUCUCUGUUAUGGCUAGAUUUGCAAAGAAUUAUUACUAUUACUCUGGAUGCUGCUUCCAGAUUAGCCUCCCCAUUCGGCUAUGAGCCAAAAGAGAAUUGGGAUCGCUGAGCUAGGCUGCCUUCUGUUUUGUUUUGUUUUCUCCAGCCUUCUGGCCAUUGGGCAGCCUUGGGAAUCUCCCUGCUGCUAUCACAGGCCGGAAAAAGGUCCCGUGUUUGCUCUGGUCCCAUGUAAACAGCUUCUAGAAAGAGAAGGAAAGAACAUAACUGUGAGGAAAGUCUCUUGGAAGUCCACAAUGCUGCUUGUUUCUUCCCAAGCCUUAACUGUUCAAAGAGGGAACCAAACCAAAUCCAAACAACUGGAGAUUGGACAGGGAGACAAAGUUCCCUACCGUGUGGACAAGACAGAAGCAGUCCUUCUUCUUCUGAGGUUUGACUCUCCAUGAACUCUGGGAAUUAAGAGAGUCUGGAUGGCAAAGAAAUUAGUUUACAUUGGAGGCUGUUAUUUAAACAGGGGGGAAUAAUUACUCAGUUACUUAAGUUUAUUGCUGUGGGCACAGAUACUUUUUAAAAAAGUACUAUUCUU